UUGUAACUAGAAGCCGGCUGAACGCUAAGCCAGGAUAGAAUGCUUGUGAAGUAGCAAGUAAAGUGGCCGUGUUUAUUCUGUCUUGGGUAAAUCUUGAUAAAACAGCUUUUAUCCAGAAUUUUAUCUAAGGGGUCCAAGAAGACUAGAGAAUGGAGAGGCAGCAAAGGUUUAUGUCAGAGAAGGAUGAGUAUCACUUUCAACAUCAAGGAGCGGUGGAGCUGCUUGUCUUUAAUUUUUUGCUCAUCCUUACUAUUCUGACAAUCUGGUUAUUUAAAAAUCAUCGAUUUCGUUUUUUGCAUGAAACUGGAGGAGCGAUGGUGUAUGGUCUCAUAAUGGGAUUAAUUUUACGAUAUGCCACAGCACCAACUGAUAUUGAAAGUGGAACUGUCUAUGACUGUGGAAAACUGAACUUCAGUCCAUCAACUCUUCUGGUUAAUAUUACUGACCAAGUUUAUGAAUAUAAAUAUAAGAGAGAAAUAAGCCAGCAUAACGUCAAUCCUCACCAAGGCAAUGCCUUACUUGAAAAGAUGACAUUUGACCCAGAAAUCUUCUUCAAUGUUUUAUUGCCACCAAUUAUAUUUCAUGCAGGAUAUAGUCUAAAGAAGAGACACUUUUUUCAAAACUUAGGAUCUAUUUUAACAUAUGCCUUCUUGGGAACUGCCAUCUCCUGUAUCGUCAUAGGGUUAAUUGUGUAUGGUUUUGUGAAGGCAAUGAUAUAUGCUGGUCAGCUGAAAAAUGGAGACUUUCAUUUCACAGACUGUUUAUUUUUUGGUUCACUGAUGUCAGCUACAGAUCCAGUGACAGUGCUGGCCAUUUUCCAUGAAUUGCAUGUCGACCCUGACCUGUAUACACUCUUGUUUGGGGAGAGUGUGCUGAAUGAUGCAGUGGCCAUAGUCCUCACAUAUUCCAUAUCCAUUUACAGUCCCAAGGAGAAUCCAAAUGCAUUUGACACUGCAGCGUUCUUCCAGUCUGUGGGGAAUUUCCUGGGGAUCUUCACCGGCUCAUUUGCAAUGGGGUCUGCGUAUGCUGUUGUCACAGCACUGUUGACCAAAUUCACCAAACUCUGUGAGUUCCCGAUGCUGGAAACAGGCUUGUUUUUUCUUCUUUCUUGGAGUGCCUUCCUGUCUGCUGAGGCUGCCGGCCUAACAGGGAUAGUAGCUGUUCUCUUCUGUGGAGUUACGCAGGCACAUUAUACCUACAACAAUCUGUCGUCAGAUUCCAAAAUAAGAACAAAACAGUUGUUUGAAUUUAUGAACUUUUUGGCUGAGAACGUCAUCUUCUGUUACAUGGGCCUGGCGCUGUUCACCUUCCAGAACCACAUUUUUAAUGUUCUUUUUAUCCUUGGAGCCUUUCUAGCGAUUUUUGUUGCCAGAGCCUGCAACAUAUACCCGCUCUCCUUCCUCCUGAAUCUGGGACGCAAACAGAGGAUCCCCUGGAACUUUCAGCACAUGAUGAUGUUUUCAGGUUUGAGGGGAGCAAUCGCAUUUGCCUUAGCCAUUCGGAACACAGAAUCUCAACCCAAACAGAUGAUGUUUACCACCACACUGCUCCUCGUGUUCUUUACGGUCUGGGUGUUUGGAGGAGGGACCACCCCUAUGCUCACUUGGCUUCAGAUCAGAGUUGGUGUGGACCUGGACGAAAAUCUGAAGGAGGAGCCCACCUCACAUCAGGAAGCAAAUAACUUGGAUAAAAGCGUGACAAAAGCAGAGAGUGCACGGCUCUUCAGGAUGUGGUAUGGUUUUGACCACAAAUAUCUGAAACCGAUUUUAACACACUCUGGUCCUCCACUGACCACAACACUACCAGAAUGGUGUGGCCCAAUUUCCAGGCUUCUGACCAGUCCUCAGGCCUACGGGGAACAAUUGAAAGAAGAUGAUGUGGACUGCAUUGUAAACCAGGACGAGCUAGCUAUGACCUACCAGGAGCAAGCCUCCUUGCCCAGCAGUCCUCCUCCAGGGCCAGAUCCAGACCAGAAAGCUUCGCCCCAGUCUCCAAGCAAGGAAAACAUCUAUGAGGGAGACCUGGGCCUGGGGGGCUACGAACUCAAGCUUGAGCAGACUCUGGGUCAAUCCCAGGUGAACUAACUGGCGUGAAGAGGGCAGAUGUCACCACAAGUCGGGCAAGCCUCACGGAGGACCACAGCCAACUGACAAGGCAGUACAGCGAAGAGGCUGGAAAACAAAUUAAGAGCAUAAACUAGAGAAAAUAAAACCCUUGUCUGGUGCCUGCAGAAAUGAGAAUUUAUUAUCAGCGCUCUAUAUUAUGCAACUGAAUUUAAUUGUUUAUCAGCAGCCAGUUUUACUACUGGAGGAGGUGAGGUGGGAGAAGGGAGAGUCAGGUACGGGGUCUGAGGGUUGGAACUGUGCUGUGGAAAGUCUCUGCGUCCCUCACUUGCAUUUUGGGUUUUAUUCCCUUCCUUAAGGAGAGUUAAAAGUAAGAAAAAGAGCUUCUGAGCAGAAGCAUGUUUUGCCUACAUUGAAGGGAAUGUCCAGUUGUUUAGUAAGUGAUAAGUUUACGUUUGUAGGACUUGACUCCCUCUCGGUCUAAAUACCUCCAAGACAGCGUGCAGACGCAGGGAAGUAUUCAGUGCCCACUUCUGAUGGCCUCACAGAACCCACAGGGAGUUGGAAACCUACUGUUCUGGUUGGCAUCCUUUCCACACUGCUUCUGCCCCUGGUCAAAGGGAUCACACACUGCAGGGUGUGCCUAUGCUAAAUGCAGCGUCGCUUUCUGACUGCAGGACCCCUUGCAAGGAAAGCUGGUUUCUUUUCCAAUAUGAUGUUUUACCUGCAGAAUGAGCCUUCCUUCUCUGCUUGCUUCCACGUCUUGGCUCUGCAGUGGGGCCCUUCUGUCUGCUAGGUGAUAAGAUUUCACAACACAAGUUGUUCUCCACAUGGCAGAAGUCUGUGCAAGAAACCCAGCCUGUCUCUCAAUUCAGUGCUCACAAUCAGUUAGUAGCGCAGACACAGGGUUGAAAAUGAGUGGAUCACGCAAAGGAACCAGAGAUAAAACGUCAAAAUCGCUUAUUGAAAGGCAUGGCUCGUGGCCCAUGUUGGAGAGAUCAACACAAUAAUUCUGCUUUUAAUUCUGCUGCAUGACCUGUGCCUUUGAAGCCAGAAGAUACCUCAAGCCUAGCUUCUCUUGACAUAUAGAUGUUAAUAGUAGACUCCAGGCCAGAUGUGGCGGUACAUGCCUGUAAUCCUAGCCCAACACUGAGGAGGCUGAGGAAGGAGGCCAGUCUGACUUACAUACAGAAUUCAAGACUAGCCUGAACUACAUGGUGAGACUCUGUUUCAAAAAAAGAAAAUAGUAGACUUCAAAAAGCAAGCAAGCAGAUCUAGGUUCCCAGCUUCUGCUGAGUCUCUGUCUGAUAGAGCCAGAGAAGGGAAUCUUCCUCAAACCCAGCGUUUAAACUAAUGUAUGCUUUGCAUACCACUUGUUAGGCCUUAAAUAUUAGCUGUGACGGUAUAGGGCAUACUUCUGUGCACAUUCAUUUUCUUGCUUUUCAUAUAGUAGAUUUGGGAGGAAUAAAUUGUUUUAUACUCAAUUUAUAAUCUUAUCAUUCCAGGUAAAAAUGGCAAAUGGGGAAAGCACGAUGUUUUCUAAUUUCACUUAAUCCUAAUAAAAUUUUGUUGUUAAGUAUGA